CGAGAUCAGCAACAUUCCACAGUUCCGCCGCCGACUUUUGUUGCUGUCUCAUACACGCGGCGCUAGGACUCGCACUCAAUCGGUGAAUGCAUGAGAACGACAUCUGUUUGACCUCACGCCUACGCAUGCAAAACGCCGCGAUAUUCCGGACCCAUCCUUAAGUACAGCACAAACAUGCCCUUUCGCCCCGCGCUUCAGCAAACCCUCAGUCGCUAUGCUUGCCAGCCUGCUCUUCGCUCUUGAAGCCUCGGCCGCUGCCCAGAGCUUCACCAUCAUCCCCACGACCACCUCCAUCGUAUCCGAGCACCACUCCUCGAUCACUCUCCCGCCUAAUCCCUACCCCACCUCCUUCGAAUUUGUCGACCCAGUGGAGCACGAGAGGUCCAACAAGCGCCCCAUCGUCUUUGAUAUCAUCACCGCUUCCAUCUUCUUAGGAGGAGUCCUUUUGCUGCUCCUCGUUGUGGGGUAUGCAUACUGCUUCCACCGUCGAAGCUGGUGUAGGCCGCCCGAUGUUGAGUGCGCCAGCCGCGCCAGCAGCAGCAACGAGACCCGCACGGUGAAGGAAGUUGGCUGCGGAAGCGAGGAGAUAAAGGACAAGGACGAGAUAAACCUGUUGGAGGCUCUCACAAUGGAGCCGAGCGUCCAAUACCAGACUCACGCGCCGAGCCUUCCAAAGUCAUGAGUCAGAAACCCUUGAUCGAGCUCCCAAGUCAACCGAUCCACGGCCAACCAAACGACCACCCAUCUACCACAUACCUCUCCGUGGUGCUUCCAUGCAUCUCCAACUGCCCCAGGCGAGGCCGUGGAC